AAUGAAAUAGGAAGUAAUGAAGAUAUCACUUGAAGAACAAAGAUAAAUAUAAGAGGAAUUGAAAAGAAGAAAUUAAGAAUUAAGAUAAAAAGAAGAUAAUGAUGAAAUUUAGAAAAUUUAAACAUUAAAUAAAGAAUUAGCAGAUCAAUAAAAAUAAAAGAAGCUUUAAACAAAAGAGUCUUUAUCUAAAAAAUAUUCAGAAAUUAUUGAUUAAAGAAACUUAAUUGUAAAUUAAAAAGUAAAACAAUAUAAUUAUUUUUAUUAGAGAAAUGAAGAUUUAAACAUUGAAAAUCAAAUUAUAGAUAGUGCUUAAAAAGCUCUUUAAGAGGAAAGAUAGAAUUAACUCUAAAAAAAAUUAAUGCAAAAGUAAAUUUAUGAUGAAUAAAUGAAACUUAUAGAAGAAAAAAAGUAGAAAGAGAGAUUAAAUAGAGAUUAAGAGAGAAUAUUAUUUUAAGAAUAUGCAAUCAAAGAUUAACAAAGAAUUAUUUAAUAAGAAGAAGAUUAUAAAAAAGUAUUCAUCUACAUUAUCAUUAGUAUUAUUAAAGAUUAGCUGAAAGAAAUGAACAUUUAUAGGAUAUUUAUAGAAAAAAUGUAGAUGAUCCUAAAUCUUCUUUAGAUUUCAUUAUAAAUAGACAAGUUAAAGAAAAGAUAGAAAGAGAAUAAGAGGAAAUAAUUACUAAAAGAUAGAAUGAUAAAAAUCUUAAAGAUUAAUAUUUAAAUACAUUAUCUUAAUAAGUAAAAGAGAAAGAAUAGAGAAGAAAAGAUCAAGAUGUUUUAAUAACUUAAAAUAAAUAAGAAAUAAGAAAAGCAGCUGAAAUAUAUAAUGAUGAACAAUAAUAGGAAAAGAGAAAAAAAAGAGAUUAUCAAUCUCAAUAUUAUGAUUAAUUAACUAAUCUGGUAAAGUUACAUAAUAUUUAUAGGGAAAUGGAUAAAAUCAAUAAGAUAAAAUGGUUGACAAUUUAAAUUUCUAAUAGUCUUAGGUUUAUAAUCCAUUAACUAAUCCAAAUCCAAAUUAAAUUUAGAAUCCUUACAUAUUAAGAUAACUUGGAAUCAAUAAAUAAAAUAAUAUUUAAUCACCUCAGUAAAGUUAAUCUAAACUGGCUUAAUUAGGAUAAAGCAGCCUCUUCAAAUGAG